AUGAACAAGAACCAAAUCAAAUUGAUACAUUCGAUUUUAAGAGACUCUUCAUUAUACAAUAGCAGCAGCAAAGCAGCAGCAGCAGCAUCAUCAUCAACAGGCACCACCCUUUUCACUCACAGUUCUAGUUCAUCCUCUUCAUACGUUCAAAGAUCGACUUUGACACAUCACCGAUUCACAACUCUACCCCGAUACACUAGAUCUUAUUCGACCAACAACCUUUUCAAUAACAACUCUGAAUUUGGUCGUCCAUCCUUUUCAUCCUUUUCACAAUCUACUUCUACUUCUUCAAACAACGAACAAAAGUAUAACGGAUAUUCGUAUCAAGGAAAUAACAAAAAACAACAACAACAAAAGAAACAACAACAACAACAACAAGAAAAGAAUAACAAAUUAAAGACAUUUGGUGUAUUAUUAUCACCAACCUUUUUAUUAGCCAACACCAAUACAACCAAUACAGCAGCAAUGAUUGACGAUCCAAUUGUCACCACUGUCGUAGCCGAAUCAAUCAACAACAACAAUAAUAAUAAUUCCAACGAAAUGGGAGUAGUUAGAACAUUUAAAGAUUUAUAUGCUCCAGCAGCAACAACCGAAUGUGACCAAGGAACAGCAUCAUCGGCUGCAAGUACACCAGCUCAAGAAGAGGAAUAUGCCGACGAAGCCGCACAACUCAACUUGAGUCCAGAGGCCUCUCCAUCGAGCAAGGAGGGCGAGUCUACCAAUGAAAAUGACAAACAUACCAACAACCAUCAUCAUAAUAUAAUGUCAACCGAACAAGAGAGCCCAGUUUGUGACGAGACUACCAUCAUAGAGUCCAACGAGAUGGAUGUCGAACCACUACAAGAAGAAUUGGACAAUAUCCAACACGACCAAGACGAGCUAUUUGACGACGAGUCGGGACAAGAUGGAGCCCAACUAGAGUUUGCACCCAAGUUGUGGGGCCGUCGUAACCACGUUGGCAACGGCAACGACAAUAUGCACCGUCUCAAGAACUCGUCAGACGAUGGCGAGAAAAAGUCGGGCGAGAUGCUCGAAUUACACUUUGACUCUGGUAUUUGUGUCAUUCCACACCCCAACAAGCGUCACAAGGGUGGAGAAGACGCCUUCUUUAUCAGUCAAGACCAAAAGGUAUUGGGUGUGGCCGACGGUGUCGGUGGCUGGGGCGAUGUCGGUAUUGACCCAUCGCUAUACAGCAACACUCUGAUGGAAGGUUCCAAGUUGGCCGCCAACGAAACCGACGGACCACAACGUCACCCAAUCGACAUUAUGGAAAAGGGAUACCAGUACUCGCAAGACAUCAAAGGUAGCAGCACUUGCUGUAUCGUUGUACUCGAGGAAGAUAACCUCAUGUCGGCCAAUCUUGGAGACAGCGGUUUCCUCGUCAUCCGUGACAGCGAAGUCUACUUUAGAACACGUGAACAACAACACGCCUUUAACAUGCCUUACCAACUCGGCACCCAAUCAAUCGACCGUCCCAUCCACUCGAUCACAUCGUCAUUUGAAGUCGAACGUGGCGAUAUUAUCGUCCUCGGAACCGACGGUGUCUUUGACAAUCUCUUUGACGAGGAGAUUUGCCGUAUCACCAACAAGUAUGCUCACGACGCUCAAUCAGUGGCCCGUGUCAUUGCUAAGCGUGCCUACGAAGUCGGCAAUUCUACCACCAUUUUCACACCAUUUGCCAAGAACGCCGGCCUCAAUGGAUAUCUCUACAACGGAGGCAAACUCGACGACAUCACCGUCAUUGUUGGUAUCGUUGCCGAAGGUCCCGUUGUCAAACAAGCUCAAACCGAUGUAUUAUUAUAUGAUGAAGACAUUGGUGAUUCAACUGAACCAUAA